AUGGCCCCGGGGACAGUGAAGCGUACAGCUUCCCCCACUCGGUCAAUCUCCCCACCUCCACUCCGGCGCAAGGUCGAAUCAAGCGUCAACAAAAAAGCAAUGAACUCAUUCUUUGCUCCAACUUCACAAAAGAAGCCUGGACCUAUUACAUGGCGGGCCUUGGAAAAGGGUCUGGUUAUUGGCAAACACUCGCCUGAGGCGACGAGUACGACACUUCCAUCGAAGAAUCGGAAAGUCGCAGCCUUUGAUCUUGAUGGAACAUUGAUCAAGACUAAGUCCGGUAAUAAGUUCGCCAAAGGAGCCGACGACUGGAAAUGGUGGGACGCGGGCGUUCCGGGGAAAGUUCGGGAACUGAGUUCUGAAGGAUUCCAAAUCGUCAUAUUCUCCAACCAGUCGAAGAUCAGCUUGAAAAAGGGAAAGGAUGGCGACAUGCCGGCUCUUUCCAAUUUCAAGAAGAAAUUGACCGCCCUCAUGACGCAGCUAGAUCUUCCCAUGAGCGUGUACGCUUCCACAGAGGCCACAGAGUAUCGCAAGCCUCGCCCGGGAAUGUGGGCUGAGUUUGUGGAUGAUUAUGAUCUUGACGUCGUUGGUGUUGACAUGUCGAAUUCGGUUUAUGUGGGUGAUGCCGCUGGGCGGCCUGGUGAUUUUGCCGCGACAGAUCAUGGUUUUGCCGCUAAUGUCGGCAUUCCGUUCAAAACGCCCGAGGAAUUCUUCCUGGGUCAGGACCCGGUCGAAGCAUCGGGACUCUUCGACCCUAAGGAGUAUAUUGAAACGAAACCUGAGACAGAAUUCCAACGCAAACAUCCACUCGAAAUUGUCCUAUUCUGCGGCAGUCCAGGCUCUGGAAAGUCCACCUAUUUCUGGAACAAUCUUGAACCCCUCGGUUACGAGCGUGUCAACCAAGAUAUUCUGAAAAGUGUUCGUCGGUCUAUAAUGCUUCAAAGUUCCUCGCUAAUCGUUCAACAGCGCCAGAAAUGUCUCAAGGUUGCUCGUGAAUUCCUCGAAGCAAAGAAAUCCGUCGUCAUUGACAACACAAACGCCAACCAAGAAACAAGAGAACACUAUACAACCCUCGCAAAAGAACUCUCCAUUCCAGUCCGCGUCAUUCAUUUUCUCUCCCCGCCAGAACUAUGCAAGCACAACGCCACCGUGCGCGCCGCCAAUAAAAACCUCAACCCCGAAUCCAGAAUCUCACUACCGGGUAUCGCUUUCGCGGAUUACAAACGCCGAUACCAGGAACCUACCCUUGACGAGGGCUUUGAAGAUAUCCACCCUGUUCCGUUUCGGUUUGUCGGGGACGAAGAAGCGAAGCGGAUUUGGGGUCAAUACUGGAUUUGA